GGCUGGCCGGCUGCCCCUUGUAUCUUUUCGCCGUGUCAGUGACAGUAGCCCUGGUCUGUCAUUGCUCUCCCGGAGAGGAGUUGGGUCGAGACAGAGCCGCCAACAGCAACACCGCCAGGACUCAUGACAUCUGAUGACCAUGGUUUGGAUUGUGGAUGCUGUUCUCAUGGCUCCUCAGUGCCAAGUAGUGUACACCAAACACUAGAGGAGAUGGAUUUUGACAGAGGUAUCUGGUCAGCAGCCAGUAGUGGCGACUUCAACAGAGUCCAGAAGUUUCUGGAGAAGGGGACGGACCCCAGUUUGCCUGACCUGUCGGGCUACACUGCUUUGCACUACGCCAGUCGCCGUGGUGAUUACGAGAUCUGCGAGUACUUGCUGAGGAAGGGAGCAGACAGCAACGUUCAGACCAAAGGAGGGGUGACUCCGCUUCACAGAGCAGCCUACUGUGGCCAUCUCUCUGUUCUCCAGUUGUUACUGACCUAUGGAGCGAUCCCUGCACUCACAGACGAUGAUGGUGCGACUCCUUUACACAAGGCUGCAGAAGGGGGUCACCAGGAGGUGUGCAAGGUUUUACUGCAGCAGAAUCCAGCCUUGAGGACGGUGCGGGACAGGCGCUCCAGAACUCCCCAUGACCUAGUCACGGACCAGCCGGAAUUGAAGGAGUGGCUGCGGCCCGGGACAUCGACGUGAUACCUGCUUUCCCGGGCUUGCUGUGCUGGCGGCACUGUCCUGCCAGUGGGGCGUUUUCAACACUGGCCUUGGCUCCUUAAGUCACGACAGCACAUGCCUGCACCGGUCCAGUGACUCGAGUUGUGUCAGCGUACAUGUGCAGUCCUCCACUUGCGGCCAUCUGAUGGAGACCAGGAUUUUCUUGUCUCGUUGUUUACUCAUUGCGGCGGCAAUGCAGACCCAAAUCAGGCACCACUUCACUCCAUACUGCUGAAACACACUGAUCGUUGAAGAUAUUAAAAUGUCCAAACUGA